AUGGUUGCAAAGCUUGCUGAGCUUGUCCCCAUUGAUCCGUCACGUAUAACCACCAACAGACGCAACCAACCUGACCCUAAGGCACCGGCUCAUCAGAUAUUGUUGUCAGUCACUUUCAAGUCAAGUGAUGAUCGGUCACAGAGAACAGUACAGCAGAUUAUUGAUGACCUUGAUGAUUUAGUUAAGAAUAAAGGUUAUAAUUCGUUUUCACUGGAGUAUCCUACUAGUUGUCUAGAUGAAACAUAUGGAUUUUCACCUGUUGCCAAUUUGUGGGCAGCUUACAAAAUUAAACUAAUUGGAUUGUUUGCUGGUCUCUUGGUGUUAUUGGUAAUCUAUUUUUUCGCGAGAAGAAAGUAUCCAGAGGGUUGCAAUUUUAUUGUUAUAAAAUUUGCACUAAUACUUGCAGAUUUGAGUCUUGAUGUAGCAUUUGUACUCUUAAGUGCAAAGAACGUUCCGGAAAUACAUACACCAAGAAUGGUUUGGUCAGAAUGCAAGAAUAAUUUCAGUAAUCACUCUGAUGUUGAAGCUAUCACUUUUCUUGGAUCCAAAUUUGCUGGUUUGAAGAUGUUUUCUGCACCUCUGUCAAAGACUGCACUGAAUUAUGUUUUCUGGGGUAGCACAUUGAAUUUGUUUAUCGAAGAUAUUCCCCAAUUGGUCAUUCAGGUACAUGAGGAUAUUGCUGUUGAAUCAGAAUGA